AUGGCAGCUCACCUGAGUAGACUCGUGAUCAUCGUUCUUGUGAUCAGAGGCAGUGCCAUGGCAGGCUCUGAAGAGCCCCUGCAGAGGGUGAAGAGGGAUGAUGAUGAUGAUGAUGAUGAAAGAAGAUCAUCCUCAGGCUCCGUGUGCCCCUGCACUCAAGGGUGUUGUGAUCAUGGGUGGAUCCAGUACAAAGAUGCCUGUUACCUGCCUGAACUCCAGAAUCCAAAAAUAUGGGACAAGGCUGAGGAAUUCUGUGCUGAGAAGGAAGCUCACCUAGCCUCAGUUCACAGCCAUGAAGAAGACAACUUUAUCCUUCACCUGAUGGGGAAUGCCAAAAACAGGCACUACUGGCUUGGAGCAAAGAGAAUCAUGCAGGGUGAAGAAUUUCUCUGGACAUGGACCGAUGAAUCACCGUUCCAGUAUGAGAAAUUUUCAAAAUCGCCUGCUCCUGAAGAACAUCAGAAUCACUUAUCAGCUGUGAGAGUGACCGAUCGCGGUGCCAUUGUCUGGAAUUACCAUCGUGGCCAUGCCCCACGUCUGUUCAUCUGCAAAUACUUUCUGGUGUAA